AUGUUGAGAUCCCGUAAUGGUGCUACAUGUGCUAGAUUAGCUAGAACGGCGCGUUGCGGCCAUUUCUCGCGCAAAAUGGCAACUUUUCAAGGCGAACCUUUGAAAAGAUCUCAUCCAUUGAGAAACUUCGUGAUUCGCGCCACUUUGGCCAUUACUGGGUUUUACGCCGGUGGAGUUGCUCUAUCGGUGUACAGCGACCAGUUCGGCGAGUUGUUCUGUGACAAUGUGCCGUUGGCAGAGGAACUGGUCGAACUUUACGAGUCCUACCGAGACGAUUCUUUCCAAGCAUCCAGAAUGUCCCUGGAAGAUCUAAAACAAAAGUUUGGCGAGCUAGGAACCAAGACAGACCAGAUCCCUGCCCGCGGUGCCGAUUCCGUGUUGACCACGGAAAAAUUCGCCGCCAGGCCUGCAACUCCGGAGAUCAAGGUCGAGCAAGAAGCUUGUGUAAAGCUCAGAUUACCCACCGUGGAUAUCUGCAGUAACUCAGACCCUCGAAGCGAGCCUCUGUUGCAGGCUGUUAACGCAGCUGUCGACGAGAUCAACAGCAUGUCUCUUUUCCUACCCGAGGACACAUAUUCUGCUGUGUCCGACGCAUACAAUAAACUAAACACCGCACUUCAAGAACUAGACCGUAACUUCCAAACCGACUUAAGUGAAUCCUUGGCUCGCCAAUACGGGGAAGCCUCUGAGGAUUUGAGGCGUAGUUACGAGCUCAGGCAGAAGGCUCGCGAGCUUGAAUUAACAGAACAGUUUUUGAAUGAAUUCAAUGCAUUCAAGUCACAACUUGAAAAGCGUUCUUCUGAAGAGCUUUCCACCUCUUUGAAGGCAAACGAGCAAGCCUUGUUAGCGAAACAAGCUAAUGAGGUGGCUCUUCUGUCCAUCAAGCAGGUUGAAGAAUUUAACAAAAUUCUGGCAGAAAAAUUGGACCAAGAAAGACAAGGAAGAUUAUCGAAACUCGAAGAACUUGACGGUUCCGUCAAGGGACUGACCGAAGCUAUCGAUCAAGUCGACACUUUAGUGAUUAAAAGCGAAGUUGUUAGCCAGCUUACGCUUUUAACUACGCUCUUGAAAAGUAAACUUCGUUCUGGUUCGAACAGUAGCGUACAAAUCGACUCUGAGUUGGCCAGGCUCAAGACUCUGUGCGAGAUUCUGCCAGGUGGGCCUUCAAAAUGCUGCAAGACGAAAAAUCCACAACUUCUGGACAUAGUGGUUUCUCAAUUAGAGUCAUUGGCGUCCAAGCAACAAAUUUUGUCAAAUGAGCAGCUCUACAGCAGAUGGACUCUUUUGCAAAAAGACUUGACAACGUCGUCCUUACUGCCCCCAAAUGCAGGUAUUUUGGGUCAUACAGCCGCGAAGAUUUUCAGUCUCUUUCUGUUCGAUAAGAGUGGUGCGCCUGUCGAGAACGACAUCGAUAGCGUAAUUGCUCGUGUUGGCACGAACUUGACACUUUCGAAAUUGGACAAGGCUGUUGAAGAGGUCGUAGCCUUGAAAGGCUGGCCUCGUGUUCUGUGUGAUGAAUGGGUCCAAGAAGCUAGAAUGAAGCUUGAGAUAGAGACUCUUAUCGACGCUCUAGACUGUGAAGUAAGAAGCCUGUAA